AUGGACGUUGAUGUAAAAUAAGGUCGUUUAAGGGCAGUCCGUAGAAAUGGAUUGGUUAAUGGAAUCAACCCUUAUUAAUUUCUUAGUUGGAUAUAUACUCUAUUUGAUAUAGUUAUAGCAUACUUUUUUGCCUUUCAAUUUGAAGAAACAGGAAUGAGGGUAUUAAUGUUUUUUUCAUUUAGGAACUCUAAUUGAUACUUCUUACAGUAAUAGUUACUUGUGUUAUUUAUUCAUGUCUAAGAACCACAUUAAUAGAUCCUACAGAUUCAAUUGUAAAGGAAGAGAAAUUAUCAAAACUACUUGGGUAAUUUUAUAUAAUUGAUAUUCAAAAGCAAAGAAUUUAAGACAGAUAUAAAAUCUUAUUGUUUAGUAUGUUAAGCACAUGUUUAAGAGAAAACUAAACAUUGUUGGAGUUGUAAUAAGUAUUAAAUAUUACAUAUUAGAUGUGUAUCGAAAUUUGAUCAUCAUUGUAUUUGGUNAUACCAUAUAACAUAGUUUAUAAAACAAAUCUUAUGUUUGAUCAUUAAAUUGAUGCCUCAUUCUAUCCAUAUCUUUUAUAAUCUAUAUAUAAUAUGGAUUAUAUGAGAAUUAAUGUAUUAGCUGCAACUGCUGCUUCUGCAUAUUUAUGGUAUUUCCAUCAUAUGUCUAUGAAUGAUAUUGGAAAGAAUUAUUUUACUAAAGUUCAAUACAAUAAAGAUAAGGAAAUGAUAUUUGUAACUAGAAUGGGUUCAUUCGGUGUUAUUAGAGAAGAUGAAUUUGAAACACAUCAUCUCGAAGUAAUACCAUAUUAUACAAAGUCUGGAGUGUAAAAUAUGAGAUAAAAUGUAUAUAUACAUACUUAUAUUUAUAUAGGAUUUAGGAAUGUACGAGUUGUCUUGCUUAAACAAAUAAGAAUUAAUGUAUUUAUAUAUGGAAGAUGCUUUUUGGAAUCCUAAAUUAAAAACCUAAUUUCUUACAAAUCAUACUUAAUUGAUAUCCAAAUAAUACUUUGGAUUAAAGAGGUAAUUUUAAAUUGUAAGAUUAAAAUAGAAAUGAAUAAGAAGAAUAUGAAAAGACUUAAACUCUAAAAGAAUUACCAUUAAAAGAUUUACCUGUUCCAUGA